AUCUCUCUUCUCAGAUUUACGUCUCACUUGGCUUGGGUGUGGACUCGCUCGACACUGAACUUGGACUGUCUGUGCCAGAAAAGACUAUUAUAGGCCUAGAUUCCCUCGUGAAAAGCGAUGUCCAUUGUUUGUGUAUGAUUUGUGGAUUGAAAUUCGAGGAGGACUUUUGAUAUCAACUUUGUUAAUUAUUUCGAUUAAGUAAGGGAGACUUUGGAACACACCAAUUCAAUCCCCGCUGAACUAUUGGUUGCUCGUAAUCUGUCUGCCCCGCUCAAUAUCAGUCAGAUGUGAGUGGUUUGUUGUGAGCUUGGGUGACGGGAUAAAGGACUCUGGACCUUGCAAGAGUGUAGCACGUGCUUGAUGACAAAGCUUGACAAACCUGAAAAUGUUUGGAACUUCACUCCGUUAUGGAGGCACUACCAAUCAAGCCAGAUCUGGAGGUUUGUUUGGUGUUAGCAGCAGUUCCCUCUUUGGCCAAGCCUCUGCCUCUGGAGCCUUCGGCAAUGCUGGGGCAAAAGCAGGCGGCACUACAGUGGCGUUUGCCGCCCCCAUUGGACAGGACACCAUGAUGAAGAACGGUGUGACCACCAACAUCAACACCAAGCAUCAAUGUAUCGCUGCAAUGAAGGAGUAUGAAAGCAAAAGUCUAGAGGAACUGAGAGCAGAGGACUACACAGCAAACCGCAAGUGGAAACAAGCUCCUUCUGACAGCACUGGAUAUUUUGCAGAAGCCCCUGAGACAUCAGGAGCGGGCUUUUUCUUUGGAACUAGUGAUGGCCUCAGUGGCAAAAAUCUGGAAAGUGGGGCGAACGCAGGCUUUUGGGAAGGUUUUGGAGGCACUACCAAUCAAGCCAGAUCUGGAGGUUUGCUUGGUGUUAGCAGCAGUUCCCUCUUUGGCCAAGCCUCUGCCUCUGGAGCCUUCGGCAAUGCUGGGGCAAAAGCAGGUGGCACUACAGUGACGUUUGCCGCCCCCACUGGACAGGACACCAUGAUGAAGAACGGUGUGACCACCAACAUCAACACCAAGCAUCAAUGUAUCGCUGCAAUGAAGGAGUAUGAAAGCAAAAGUCUAGAGGAACAGAGAGCAGAGGACUACACAGCAAACCGCAAGUGGAAACAAGCUCCUUCUGACAGCACUGGAUAUUUUGCAGAAGCCCCUGAGACAUCAGGAGCGGGCUUUUUCUUUGGAACUAGUGAUGGCCUCAGUGGCAAAAAUCUGGAAAGUGGGGCGAACGCAGGCUUUUGGGGUCCUGGCAGCAAAACUUCAGCUGCCACCUCGUCCUUCAAUCAGAACAAGUCCUUGUUCGGCACCAGCACAACAACACAAUCAGGCUUUGGAUUUGGCACUGCCACAGGGACCCAGCACGGCAACGCUGCUGGGAGCAUCCUAUUUGUAGCAAAGCCUGGUGGGUCUGGAAAAGUUACUACAACCAGUCCUGGGUUCGGUUCGGGGGGUAGCAUGUUUGCCAAGGUAACCACCACAGCUUCUUCAUUUGGCUCCGGAAUUAAUACAAGCACCUCAAGUUUUGGAGCAGGUUUCGGAGAAGUGUCCAACACCAGUCAAGCCAAUACAGGUGGUAACGCUCUUAGCCGUCGAAUAAAGCGUGCUCUAAGACGUACUGGCAGCACAAGUUCAGGGUCGCCUAGCAAGCCUAAAACAACAACUUCUUCAUUUGGUUUCGGAACUAACACAAGCACUUCAUGUUUUAGUGGUUUUGGCAGCACAACUUCAGCUGCCACCACGUCCUUCAAUCAGAAUAAGCCCUUGUUUGGCACCAGCACAACACAAUCUGGCUUUGGAUUUGGCACUGCUACAGAGACCCAGCAGUCCACUUUGUUGUUCGGCAACACUGCUGGGACGACUGACAAGAAAACCCUGGAGGAACUAAUUGUUAUGUACCAGAAUUCACAUGAAACUUACAAAAACGAACUUGAAGCUUUACGAACACGCGUAGCAGAGGGCUUGUCCAUAAUUGAGAGAGAGAAGGAGACAGUAAGUGGCUUCAAGCAGUACAUUUGCAAAGAUGCUUGUUCUAUGUGUAUUAUUUCACUCUAAUAAGGGAAAGCAGACAGAGUAGAUGAGAAUGGGAUUUUGUUGAUGAUAUAUUUUCAAAAAUUAUAUGGGACUAAAAAUUUAGAUUAAAAUAGUAAAAGAGACUUUGAAGUAAUAUUGUACUAGCGAUCAAAAGAAACACACAAAAAAACUAUUUUGGCCAUAACAAAAAAAACAUCUAUAGUUUGUCAUAGCUUCUUUGGAAAUCAAAAAUCACCCGUCUUGUUUGUCACUGGCAACUAGAAUUAUUGCCCCUUUAUUGAAGCAUGGAAAAGGUGCCUCCGAAACACGGUCUAAAUAAGUGAAAAGAGGGUGAAAAAUAGUCACCAAAGCUCGGCGAUAAAAGCCGUUUUAAAAAAUCGUUUCGGUCGUUUCGUCUGCAUUUGCAACGACAAUGCAAUGUUUUAGGGCUAUACAGCAAGAAAGAGCAAUAGGCUGUUUGGAUGGUGGAGAAAGGCCAAUCGUGGUUGCCAAUCAUUUUGGUGUUCACAUCUAGACUAUCCACAGACUGAUAAGCCAUUUUCAGCUCUCGAGUACGACGUCGGAUUGAAAAAGGUCAGGUCGACCCAUAGGGACCAAUGCACGUGCGUACAAACACAUUGUCCAGAUGUUUCGUUCAAAUCGACUUCAGACAGCUACAAGAACGUCAGAUUUGAUCAAGGGUACCCACGAAAGAGCCAGAAGUCGACACACAGUGAACCGACGAUUGCGUCAGAUAGGCUGUAGGUGCCGUCGACCUUACCAUGGUUCAGUCUCGACCAAACACCAUCACCAAGAGGGUCUCAACUGGGCCCUGCACUAUAUCAACAGCCAUCUGAGAGACUGGUCCUCAGUUCUCAUUUUCGGACAAAUGCUUGUUCUCCAUAGAUACAACAAACAGGGACCUCAUAGUUUAUCAAGACGGAGACGAACGUUAUCGUGGCAACUGUGUCAUAGAGAUGAAUCUCUGGGGAGGACAUCGUGUCAUGAUCUGGGGUGGAAUCAUGUGGAACCACAAAAUAGGACCAAUGAUCUUCCAAAAUCAAGGCCAAGGUCGAGGUCAAGGUAUCAAUGCUGCCUCCUGCAUAGCAGGAGUUCUUAGGCCCCUCAACCCACACAAAAUUUUAACUUCCAGUUCCAGCAAAAUAAUGCUUGUGAGCACACUUCCCGUGUUACACGGGAUUUCCUCCAACACCAUGGCAUCACUCUGCAGCAUCACCCUGCCCUUAGCAUCGAUUAAAACCCAAUUAAAAAUUUUUGGGAAGAAAUUAAUCGUCGCAUCAAGGGGAGACAACAAGGCUGAGAAUCACGCAGGAACUGGAUGUAACCAUCCAGGAGAUGUGGAGGAAGGUGUCGCAACGUUUUACUAACAGCCAAGUGGUUUCCUUGUACCGGAAAUGCACUGUGGUUUUCCGAUCUAAUGGUGGCCAUAACCAGUACUGACCAUUUUGAUGCAUUAACCGGAAGUUGAAAAUGUAGAUCUAUUCCGUUAAAAUGUAAUAUUCACAGUGAUACCUCGCGUAUCCUUUCAUAAUGCCAGAUGGAACACGAAGAUGAUCACCACUGCAAAGGUAAACAGAACUUUUGUGUUUCUUUUGCCCGCUAGUAAUGUACAAGUGUGCUCGUAUAAUUGGGAUACUAUUGUCAUUUUGAGAGUUGAUAGACACGGAGAUGGUCUGUAAGCCCUGCAGGUGUUCAUUUACACGAGAGGGUUCAUGUAAAUUUGUAGCCAUAACCCAUAUUACUCAAAACAAUAAAAUUUUAGCUACCAGUAUGUGUUUUUAUAGUAAUUUUGUCAUACUUAUUAUGGUCACAUUAAAUAAAACUUCCAAUGAGAAUCACAU